AUGAACAGGAUCUCUGACGCAUGGUCUCGCGUCCAGGAAGCAUUCACUCCGCUGGACAGGGUGGAUCCCGACAGCGCCGAGUCUACUGCACCACUUCUGCCGGAACGACCUGAAACGCCAUAUCAAAUGGGUACCCCCGGAGAUACAUGUAAACCCACUCUGGUCACCCGUAGGCAACAAAGCCCUUCCUCGCCGCCACUACCAGACUUGAAUCUUCGCCUGACCUUUGAGCCAGGAGAGCGAUAUUCAGGCUUCUACCGCCUAAAGUUCCGGUACGAUUGUAGUCCUGGGAAGCCCGGGUAUAGGGAGGGGGAGAUGACCGUUUGGCGCGGACGCGGACAUCAUCCACUGGACGCAUUCUGCGACUGGGCAAAGCAAAACAGGUUCUUACCUGGACGGGUGAAAAAUCUGUAUCUGGAGGAUGUCCCCACGACUCCCUGGGCCACCAUACCAGACAGCGUUCGGGAAACGUUCCGACAUGUCCGCCAGCUGUAUCUCGACAAUCUUUCGAUAUGGGGUUUCCUGCCAUACCUUUGUAAGGAGGACGAGAACGGAGGCUAUUCCAUGCCCUAUUUGAAUUUCCUGGAAAUCCGAGGAGUGAAUUUCCUCGUGCACCAAGACAAGGACGAGCUGCUGGUUAUGCUGCGCAUGCUCAUGACGUGCUCUCGAAAAUUCACAAACAUACACCUGAGCUUCAAGGAAUGCUAUGGCUUGGAUACAGGGUUUGAAUCCAAGCUGAAGUUCGGUACCCCAGUGGUGUGGCUACAUUGCCAUAUGAAAGAGCGUCCCAAGGGGCCCUCGAUACUCGUCGACGGGUACGGAAGAGCGUCAGAUGAGAAAUACCACUCUCGCUGGCAUCCAAAGUGGUCAUAUUUUGCGAGCUGGCUUGGUGCAACGUACCCGCACGACAGCCAAUCACCCAACGGCAUCAAGGAAGGUUCGCCAGGGGAGAUUCGCGCCAACUGUGUUGGGAAGGAUGUGAUUUGGGAAGAUAGGACUGCCGUCUCGGGGAAAACUUACAUGCACCUACAAUUUGGUGGUACAAGGGCUAGCUUCGAGUAUAUGGGCGCAAAGGAUGGGCCCGUUCCUCUCAGAGCACUCUCGGGUAACAUCAUGGACACCUCACUUACGCACGAAGGAGGCGUUGUCGACAUAAGAUACUGCAGUACCAGCCCAAUCUGCGCGCCUUCCACCAAACCGCCGUCGCCAGCGACCGAGGGGUUCAUAAUCAUCCACGGUGACUGGGAUCCCCCCAGGGUCGAAGCCCGCGUGCCCGAAACAUUCGCGGGCGAAACCUACGACAUCUUCGCGUCAAAGAAGCUGAACGGAGUGAACCUCACUGGCUUCAAAGUGCUGGUGCUGGACGACCGCGCGACCUGGGGGAGCGUGCCGCGCUUAUGCGCCGAUGAGGUCUAUCAGAUGCAUCGGCUUAUGCCCGAUCUGGUGACGCUUAUAUUGGAAGAUGUCAGCUUUGAGGGAGACGAGGGAGACUUCGAGGCCAAGCUGAGAGUCCUGGGCGAACUGCAACAACGAUCCGGACCGCGAGGGAACCUGAGCGAGGUCCAGUUGGUCGGGCACCGUGGCGUGCUCACUGGAGAGAAAAAGAAGAGGUCACGGGAUGCUUUGAAAUGCGUCAGACUCACGAUCGAGCCGGAUAUUCCCGACCGUAGGAAAGGCAGUCUCUUGAUUCAAUAG